AUGGUCAAAUCAUAUCAGCGUUAUGAACAAAAGAGUUGCUUUGGUGUGAUUUCCUCAAAGUCAAACAUCAUAUGGAUUCCACCUUCAAAUAAAACAAGCGCUGGUCAAGCUAUUACUGCAGGUUUAGAAGAAAUUUUAAUCUGGGAUAUCAAGACUGGUGAAUUAGUCAAGAAACUUACAGAUGGGCUACCAAUUGGUGCAUUUGAUUCAAAAUUAACCAAACCAUCUGAAGUUACUUCUGUUGAAUUACAUCAAGACACAAAUCUUUUAGCAGCAGGUUACGAGGAUGGAUCAAUCAAGAUUUGGGAUUUGAUUUCUGGUACAGUUUUAAUCAACUUCCAAGGUCAUAAAUCAGCAAUCACAAUCUUAAGUUUUGAUAAAGAAGGUACCAGAUUAAUAUCAGGUUCAAGAGACUCAAAUAUUAUCUUUUGGGAUCUUGUUGGUGAAACUGGUUUAUUCAAGCUACGCAGUCACAAAGAUCAAAUCACUGGAUUAUGGUUUAAUGAAGAUUGGUUGAUUAGUACUUCGAAAGAUGGUUUAAUUAAACUUUGGGAUUUACAAACACAACAAUGUAUUGAAACACAUGUUGCUCAUACUGGUGAAUGUUGGAAUCUUGCUCUUAUGGAUGAUAUUUUGAUCACCACUGGUGCUGAAAAUCAAGCAAAAGUUUGGAAAAUAGAUUCCGAAGAAGAAAAUAACAAGCUUACCGAGCGUGGUGUCUUUGAAAAGCAAAGUAAGGCGAGAGGAUUAGAAGUAUCAUUCGCUAAAGUUGGUUCAAAUAGAUUUUUCUACAUUCAAAAUGCUGACAAAACUAUUGAACUCUUCAGAAUCAGAACAACAGAGGAAAUUGCAAAGGCAACUAAGAAGAGAGAAAAGAGAUUGAAAGAGAAGGGGUAUGAUGAAGAGGAAAUUGAAAAUGCUAUCAGAGAAUCAGAUGUGAAUAUGCUAAUACAACCAUUCACUGUCCUCAGAUCAAUUUUCAAAAUCAAGAACGCAACAUGGGCAUUGACUAAUAGCACAAAGCUCGAACUUCUGUUGUCAUCUUCAAAUAACACAAUAGAGUACUAUACAAUUGCAUAUACAAAUAAGGAAGUUACCGCACCUUCUAAAACAUUCACCGUUGACUUGCAGGGCCACAGAACUGAUAUUAGAGCCAUGGAUAUCAGUGACAAUGAUAAAUUAUUAGCCACUGCUUCGAAUGGGUUGUUGAAAAUAUGGAACACGAGAACUAAUAAUUGUAUCAGAACUUUUGAAAGUGGUUAUGCUUUAGCAACCAAAUUCUUACCAGGUGGUUCAUUAAUCGUUGUCGGUACAAGAGCUGGUGAACUUGAACUCUAUGAUUUAGCAACAUCAACAUUAUUAGAAACUACUCAAGCUCACGAUGGUGCCAUAUGGUCAUUAGAUAUAACACCAGACGGGAAAUCUUUGGUUACUGGUUCUGCUGAUAAAACCAUCAAAUUUUGGGAUUUCAAAAUUGAACAAGAACUUGUCCCAGGAACUGAAAGAAUGGCAGCAAAGAUGAAAAUUUUCCACAACAAGACUUUAGAAUUAACUGAUGAUAUAUUAUCCCUCAAGAUCUCACCAGAUACCAAAUAUCUUGCAGUUUCAUUGUUGGAUAAUACUGUGAAAGUUUUCUUUUUUGAUACUUUGAAAUUCUACUUGAGUUUAUAUGGUCAUAAGCUUCCAGUUUUGUCUAUUGAUAUUUCACAUGACUCAAAAUUAAUAAUCACAUCGUCUGCUGAUAAAAAUAUCAAAAUUUGGGGGUUGGAUUUUGGUGAUUGUCAUAAAUCCAUCUUUGGACAUCAAGACUCUAUCAUGAAUGUUAGAUUUUUACCGGAGUCUCAUAACUUCUUUAGUGGUGGUAAAGAUGGAUUAUUGAAAUACUGGGAUGGUGAUAAAUUUGAAUGCAUUCAAAAAUUAAGUGCCCAUCAAUCAGAAAUCUGGAGUAUUGCUAUAUCUACGGAUGGUUCAUUCGUGGUUUCAACUUCUCAUGAUCACAGUAUCAGAAUUUGGGAGGAGACUGAUGAUCAAGUAUUCAUUGAAGAAGAAAAAGAAAAAGAAAUGGAUGAACUUUAUGAAGGUACAUUGUUGGCUUCACUUGAAGGAGAGGAUGAGCCAAAGAAGGACGAUGACGAAGAAGAAGAUAAAGAUGAAGCCACUGGUGUUAAUCAGCAAACAUUAGAAACCUUAAAAGCUGGUGAAGUACUACUUGAAGCUUUGGAAAUCGGUGGUAAAGAUAUGGAGGACGAAGAAGAAUACCAAACGGCUUAUAAGAAAUGGCUAAAGACUAAAACUGGUGAACAACCUAUCAAACCUUCAAAACAUAUUUUAAUACAGUCAAAGAAUGUUUCCGGAUCUGAAUAUGUGUUAGAUCAACUUUUAGCCAUCAAACCAGCCCAGCUUGAAGAUGCCUUACUUGUGUUACCAUUUUCAUUUGUUUUGAAGUUUUUCAAAGUCAUUGAAAGAUGGACAAGAUCAAACAAAGUGCUAAGACAACAUACUUCAAUCAUCUGCAAAGUCUUAUUCUUCUUAAUCAAAUCUAAUCUCUAUGAACUGAACAGCAUGAAAGAUGAGAGUAUUAAAAAGUUAAUAACAAGUGUGAGAUCUCAACUCAGAGCUGAAUUGAAGCAAAGUACUAAUGAAUUAGGUUUCAACAUUCAAGGUUUGAAAGUUUUGCAAACUCAAUGGAAUUUGACCCAUAACGCUGAAUUUAUAGAUGAAUAUGAAAACAGAGAACAAGUUGAAAAGCAAUCCAAGAAAAGAGUUUAUCAAACACUACAAUAG